UGUGAUGAUAAUGAGGAUGUGCAUGUUUGGGCGACAGGUGAAUCUUUUGAGGUUAAAGACUACUGUCUUAGGAGCAGUUUAAAGUUUAACCUCCUCAGCAGCGUUGCGAGGGAGGUCACAGUGGUCCUAACGGUCACAGGGAGGCAACGUGCUUUGGAUUCGGCUGCAAGUGUCUGCUUCCCGUUAGGCUCCAAUGCAGAGAUGAGCGAUGGGCGGAGAGGCAGCUCUCGCUGUUCCCUUCCCUGCUCCACUCGCUGGCGAAGGACCCUGUGCUCGCCAAGUGAUCCGAUCCAGGUGGCGGGCGCAUACGCACCCUUCGGAUGCCCUUCCUUGCAGUCGCCUCCAGAAACCUUGACCCCUUGGGGUUCCAGCCCCCCAGCGCGCUUCCUCCUUCUCAAGCCCCACCAACUCAGGGCGGCCUCGCCGGGACACCUACCUCGAAGAAAGUGAUCCUACUGCCCAUUGUGCAGGCAAUCGCGCUACCCGCCCGGCUCCAGCAGCCCGUAUAUGGGACGCAAUCACCACCACCACCACCUCCUCCCGUCUGCGCCGCGGCUGCACUUCAAUUGGGGCCCCGGACGGUCCUCCGGCCAAUCAGCCGAGCCGGGGAGCGCGAAGUCCUUCUGUCUGUCCGGGAAGAGCGGCGGUCGUGAAGCGGGAGUGCCCAGGUCUGGCCGCCCACAUGGGGACCGAGAGCGGCAGCGCCGGCAUUUUGCUGGGGCAAGCAGGCACCCUCAACCUGCAGACGGGCAACCUGCUCAACUGGGGCUGCCUACGGAAGAAGUGCCCGGCCAUCCCCAGCGAGGAGCUGCGGGAUUGCAUUCAGAAAACCUUAAAUGAAUGGAGUUCAAAGAUUAGCCCAGGUCUAAUGCAGGAGAUGCCAGAAAUCCUUGAAUGUACUGUAGCUCAAGCCAUAGAAAAGAUCAAUCCUGAAGAAAGGGAAGAACUGAAAGUUUCAGCAAAAUUGUUUAUCGCAGGAUCAAACUCUUCAUCGAUCAGAGAAGCAGUCAGUAUGACAUGUUCUGCCUUUGGUGUUGACCAGUUAGAUUCCGUGAUAAUUGCUCCUCCUCCAACCGAAGACGGGAUUAAUCUCUCCUUGGAAUAUUUACAACCUUACUGGGCAGAGCUUGAAAACUUAGUUCAAAACAAAAAGAUUGUUGCCAUAGGGACUUCUGAUCUAGAUAAAACACUGUUGGAGCAACUAUUCUUGUGGGCACAGGUGAAGCCAAGCAGUAAUCAGGUGAAUCUUGCUUCCUGUUGUGUGAUGCCACCAGAUCUGACUGCAUUUGCAAAAGAGUUUGAUAUCCAGCUAUUAACACAUAAUGAUCCAAAAGAACUCCUUUGUGAGACAAGCUUCCAAGAAACGCUUCAGGAAAGUAUCCCAGAUUGCCAAGUGCUUGAAUGGACUCCAGUGUGGCUUCUACGAUACUCAGUCAUUGUUAAGAGCAGAGGAAUUAUCAAAUCCAAAGGCUACAUCUUGCAAGCUAAAAGAAUCUCAUCAUCUUAAGACUGACCUUGACAUUACCGUGCUUCUGAAAGACCAUGUCUCUUCUAGAUAAUUGCGUCAAGAUGCAAACUGGAAUUUGUAAAGACCAAAAGGUUUUAUUACCAAUUAGUCCAGAUUACAUAAUGGCCUAACAGUCUGAUGCCAUUGUCAUCUAUCCAUUUCCUUCUCUUUCAUAUGCGUGUUUUGUGUUGAGAUCACCUUGCUCACAUGUGAAAUAUUUUGUUUUCAUUAAAGUUUUUUGCUAAUUUAGAGAUUAUAUAUAUAUAUAUAUAUAUAUAUAUAUAAAUACUUGAAAUAUUUUAAUAUCUAAUAUAAACAAAAUUUGACCAGGUAUAUUUUGAUCAAAAUAUUUUUAUUUGCAAGGAUUAAUGUAACUUGAUAAACCUUACUGCUGCUGAGCUGAUAGCUAAGUAAAUUUAGGAACACUGGUGGAAUAAGCAUUCUUUGAUUUAAACUAGUGGUAUAAAAUUAAAGGUAUGCAAGCAAAUUGCUUAAUAUAUUGAAUGUAUACUUGAUCCCCAUACAGUGUAAUACUUGUAUUACAUAACUUUUUCUUCCAUUGUGUCUAUACCAUCUUCCUCUUGGCAUAUGCUCAGGAGAUGGCAUGUUUCUCUUAGAAUGGGAGAGGUCUGGUAAAAAACAGAAUUAACUCUCUCAAAACUUGGCUAUUUUUGUUUUGCUAUUGUUGAAGCAUGAUUCAUAAUUUGAGAACCAUAAAAAGACUGUGUUUAUAUAUAAACCUCAGCAUUGCACACAAUAAUCAAGCAAUUUUGAGGCCACUUAAAGAUAAUUCUUCUGUCUGGAAACCAACCAGAGAUGCCUAAGUUACACAAAAAACAAUUUGGGUGGGUUCCAAACUCAAGUCAUGCUUAGAGUAGACCUGCUUGGAAUUUAAGUAACCUAAAUCACAUUGCUUUUAAGUGGGUCUACUCUAAGCAUGAUUAAGUGUGGCUCCAAUCCUUUGUUUUUGACAGGACUGGUUUGGUGCAUUCAGCGCAAAUGAAGCUGUUUCCUAGUUUUUCGUUUUAAAUUCAGUAGGGCCCCACUCAUAUGGCAGAUUAGGUUCCAGACCCCCAUCGAAAAGCAAAAACUGCCGAAAAGCGGAUCAGCUGUAGCAUGGGGGUCUGGAACCUAACCCGCUGAUCGUGCCAGAUAUGAUCAGCUGUAGCACGGGGGUCUGGAACCUAACCCACUGAUUGCAGCAGAGGAGAUCAGUUGUAGUGUGGGGGUCUGGUCGCACCGGAAGAGAAGAUCCGCUGUAGCACACUACAGCGGAUCUUCCCCUCCUCCAGUGAGAUCAGCUGGAGCGCAGGGAGCUCCAGUCCCCGCUCCAGCUGAUUGCCCCGCUGGCACCGUAUUAGUGGAACGCUGAAAAGCAGGGCGCCAAGAAGAGGGGCCCUACUGUAUACCCACAGAGAGUGACAGACAUUUUGCCAUUUUUGUGUCAUUCGAACAAGGUUACAGUUUGUAUUUGUAUCUGUAUUCCCAUUUGAUGCAUGAAUGAAAGGUUUCAUAAGGGGUGGUCAACUUUAUCUGAAGUCUAAAGUUUUACAUUCUUAUUAAAAAUAACAGGUAGCUAAGUGAAAUAAAUGCUUUUGUAGUGUUCAUCAUACGAUAUUUAUAUACUUCAAUCCAUUCCAGCAGACAAACUUCUCAAGCUUUUAUAAAGAUUUUGAAUAAGGGGAUUUCACAUGUGGUCAUGUUUGGUUCCUAAAAUAUUUUAAGCAUGCAGUGGACACCCUAGAUCUCAACUUUUUCUUGGAAUUAAGUUCCAUUAAAACCAUUAGGGCAUUAGUGGUGAGUAUUGUGUGAAUCCAUCUACCCAAGUAAUUUGGGGGGAAAUCCUGGACAACUAGUGGAAUCAACUUAAAUAAAACUUCUCAGACACGAUUCUAGAAUAAACUUUGAUUUGCUGCUUAAAACAUCUGAAUAAUUUUGGAGAUAGUGAUAAAAAAUAGUAUGUGUUGAAUGUACAUAAAGUUUGUUUAUGCAAAAUUGGGGUCAGAAAAUGGGCUGAAUUGUCAGCUGCAGUUGUAUGUAGUCUGCUCAGAAUUAACUGGUUUUGUUUAAACUUCUGUACCAAAUGAGCUUUUACUUGUUUGAAAACCAUUAUUGUUGAUUAAAAAACUUGCUUUACAGAAA